UGGUGUCCUGUUGCUCCGGCUCGGUUUCCAUUAGCUGUGAGCAGGAGAUGGUCAGCGGAGCCCCGGGGAAGGGUUUGGGUUUUAUUGAGGAAAAGGCCGCUGUAAGAAUGGUGGCAGAGAGAGAGUAAUACAGAUCAUACGGCUGGGAAUAAUGCUUUGUCGGUCGUAGGCGGUGUGAAAUGGCCAUUAGGGAGCUGAAAGUGUGUCUUCUGGGGGACACAGGAGUUGGGAAGUCCAGUAUUGUCUGUAGAUUCGUCCAGGACCACUUUGACCACAACAUAAGUCCGACCAUCGGUGCAUCGUUUUUAACCAAGACUGUCCCCUGCGGCAAUGAGCUUCACAAGUUCCUGAUCUGGGACACGGCGGGGCAGGAGCGGUUUCACUCAUUGGCCCCCAUGUACUACAGAGGAUCUGCUGCCGCUGUCAUUGUUUAUGAUAUAACCAAACUGGACUCUUUCCAGACCCUGAAAAAGUGGGUGAAGGAGCUGAAGGAGCAUGGUCCAGAGGAUAUCGUGGUGGCAAUAGCAGGAAAUAAGAAUGACCUCGGUGAUAUACGGGAAGUCCCCACAAAAGAGGCAAAGGAGUUUGCUGAGUCAAUUGCAGCGAUAUUCAUCGAAACCAGUGCUAGAAAUGCCGUCAACGUUGAGGAACUCUUUCAAAAAAUCAGUCGGCAGAUCCCUCCAUUGGAGAACGCAGAAGUGGACAGCAACGAGUCAUUCAAGAUCACACGCCCGCCACCUGCAUCAUCUAGACGGUGCUGUUAGAGAUGUGGGACCUAUUACCGCUUUGUCAUUGCCAGAUGUUUGAGUCAGCUUCAUAACCCUCAUAAAAUAUAACAUGACAUUAACCCGACUUCAGCGUUAACGUACAAAAAUCAAAAAAGUGAAGAGAUUAGUUG